AAAGUGCCGGGCCCAGACCUUGUGUCCCAAUCCUGCCUCAAAGUCUGCCCAGACCAACUUGCUCCCGUCUUCACAAAGAUCUUCAACAGGCCUGUCGCUUUGACAUUUGUGGUUGUGAAGUCCUUUGAACGCCUUGUGCUGGACCACCUCAAGACCGUCACAGGUCUCCAACUGGACCCACUGCAGUUUUCCUAUCGAGCUAACAGGUCUGCGGAUGAUAAUGUCAACAUGGGUCUGCACUUCAUCCUUGAACAUAUUGACAGAGAGGGUACCUAUGCGAAGAUCCUGUUCAUGGACUUCAUCUCUGCGUUUAACACAGUCAUCCCUGAACUCCUCUCCUCCAAACUUUUCCAGCUCAGCGUCUUGCCUGCCUUCUCCCGGUGGAUCUACAAUGUCCUGACAGGCAGGACACAGCAGGUGAGGCUGGGGGACACCACCUCGUCCACACGCAUUAUCAGCACAGGGGCACCCAUAGGUUGUGUCCUCUCUCCUCAUCUCUUCUCACUCUACAAGAAUGACUGCACCUCGUGGCAUCCGACCAUCAAACUUCUGAAGUUCGGAGAUGACAUCAUACUCAUCUGCGUCAUCAAAGACGGCGCCAAGUCUGUGUAUCGACAGGAAGUGGUGAGACUGGAGCUUUGGUGUGGUCAACACAACCUGGCAUUGGACACUCUAAAGACUGUGGAGAUGAUUGUGGACUUCAGGAGACAUCCUUCACCACAGCUACCCCUGAUGCUGUCUAACUGUCCUGUGUCAACCAUUGAGAUCUUCAAGUUCUUGGAAAUUACAGUCUCAGAGGACCUGAAGUGGGGGACGAAUAUCAACUCAUCCUAAAAAAAGCCAAGGAAAGGAUGUACUUCUUCCGCCUUCUGAGGAAGCACGGCCUUUUCAGAAGAGCUGCUGAGACAGUUCUACAUAGUGGUUAUCAAAUCAGUACUGUGUACCUCCAUCAAAGUCUGGUUUGGGGCCGACACAAAUCAAGACAAUCUCAGACUGCAACAGACAAUCAAAACCGCUGAACAGAUUGUCGGCACUAAAUUACCUACUAUCGAGGACUUGCACAUAACGCGAGCGAGGUAGAGAGCAGGCAAGAUCCUUUCAGACCCUCCACAUCCUAGCCACCAGCUCUUCCAGCUCCUUCCGUCAGAAAGCCCUACAUAUCAAUUAUAAACUGCUUCCUUUCCACAAUUGACAUUGUUAACACACUUAUCUAUAUAGAUUUUACAUCUUGCAGGUCUUAUUAGGAAUAGUUCCUAUAAACAGAAAUGUCUCUUGUUCUUUGUUCUUAUUGCUAUUGUCCCAAAGUGGUAGUUUGUCUGUGUAAGAAAGAAGACAAUUUCUUUUUUUUUUUUACUGGCCUGUGGUCUUGGUCUUGGUACUCUGUAGGAGUUUAUUUUUGCUGUUAUCAUGUUGGCCUUUGACAUAAAUGUGGCUGAGCAAAGGUACAGUCGCUAUGUGAGGAGGGAAUGAUAUCCAUGUGUAGGAUAUGGCUCUUUGAUAUGUAUGAUGGGCACUCUGCCGUAACAGUAAAAAAUUGUGGCUCUUCAUUUCUGAAUGAUUGGCUACCCCUAUACUAGAGUAAUCUGAUAAUGUGGGCUAUGUUGAUUUUAAUCAGAUGGUGGAACUCUGACUUGAAUAUGGCCCAAUUAUCAGUAUGUGGGUAGCCUCCUUUGAGAAAACCACUUUGACUAAUGCUAAUUCUUUCACCUACAGUAAGUCUUUGAUGGAAUACUGGUAGAUUGUUCUAUCACACACAAAAUUUUCAAAAUAAUCAACCAAUUCUCAUAUCACUCAGUGACAACCUAAGGAAAUACAAAAUGCAGUUUUCAAAUGACAAUGCAAUUUAUUAAAGCACAAAAAAAAAAAUCCAAACCUCUCUGACCUUCUGUGAAAAAAUAAUCACCUCCUGAAUCUAAUAACAGGUUAUGCCACCCUUAGCAGCAAUAACUCAAAUCCAGCAUUCCGCUCUGGAGGUAUUGAGUCCAACCCUUCUUUGCAGAAUUAUUUAAACACCACCAUAUUGGAGGGUUUACUAUCAUGAACUGGCCCUUUAAGGUCACAUCACACCAUCUCUGUUGGCUUUAUGUCUGUACUUUGACAUGGCCACUCCAAAAUCUUUUUUUUUUUUUUUUGGGAGCCAUUCUGAGGUGGACUUGCUGGUGCGUUUUGGAUUGUUGUUCUGUUGCAUGCUCCAAAAGUGCUUGAAGAUGGAUGGAUGGAUGAUUUGAAACCUUUGUGUGUGAUAGAUAUGCAAAAAAAAAAAAAAACCCAAAAAACAAAGAAACAUGAAAUCAAUCAAAUAGUUUUUCACUGCACCAUUGUAUGUCUAAUUGAUAUUCAAAAUUUUGUAUCUAACUAUGACUCAGAUGACUGGAAAUCUCCACAUACUGCACAUUGAAAUAUUUAGUCCCCCAAUUUGUUUUAAUCCUUUCUUGUAAUCUUAUUCAAAUUUUCUCUUUUAAAAAUUGUGAAAUAAGGCAUCAACCAAGCUUUGUUUCUUGUCCUACUGCAGUAAAUUCCUGCUGGCACAUAAUCUCUCUGAAAUGAACCCAAACUAAAUUUGACAGGUCUUGGUUCACCCACUGACAGCCAAUUAGCCGUGUUUCCACAAUAAAAUGAAAGAGACAAUUCC